GAUUAAAGGCGUGGCCACCAACACCGGACGAAAGGGAGGUUGAAUAAACUUAGUUUGUGUAGGCACUCUUAUGUAAAGUCUGGCAUGGCCUGAACAGCAGUCCAGUGAAGUGACAUAUGGUGGUCAUGGUGACACACGCGUUGCAACUUGUGUGCUGGCCUUUGAAACGUCCUUUCUGUUGUCCUCAGUGGCAAGACAAUCCAUGGUCUCAGCUUUGGCUUCUCGGGUGGGGGUUGGGAGCAAAGUGAUAAUGGAAUGUAUUGGCCUGUUUUCCUGUUUCUAAACAGAAUCCCGAGAUGGUUGUGGUUUUCCAGAAGGGCGUGGGAGUUGUGUACUUUAGCUCCCCACAGCCUUUUGUAGGCCAGGUGUUUCUGACUUGGAGACACUGUCCAUUUUAGUUAGUAUAAACAUGAGUAGGUAUGUAUACUGGGCACAUACAUGCACAUAUGUACAUUCUCACCCUGUAUGCCUUUUGGAGCCUUUGCUGCUUUGGUGUGCUAAAUGGAUCGUCUGGAUUGAUCCUGUGCCUUUUACUAGUGACUAGAUUAUUUGGAUUCAAACAAUUACCAGGGGUCUUAGCUUUUGUUUGUUUGUGGUUCUAAGAUUGGGUCUUGAACAUGCCAUGCCCCUCCCUCUUUAAGGUCUCUUUAGAGGUUCUAGAUGGCAGAUAGAGCCACGCAAGUGUGUGUCAUCUGUUCCCACCUGUGAAAGUCAGGGACAUCUUGUUGCCUGACUCCCAGCCCUGCAGGGCUGCCCAUGAAUGGCUUCCUAGGGCAAGUGAGCCUGUUUGACAGAUGGAAGUCCAGCGUGUUCAGCCCAGAAGACAGCUCACAGGGUCGUAUCUGACCCCUGGGGGUGCACUCUACAUCUGGUGCCUGUCCCCAGUGAUAACAGUGAAGUGACACAGAACGGUGUGACUCCGAGACUGUCUUUUAGUCUAACACUUGUGAUAGGAAAGAAAUAGGAUUAGUGUAAAUCCUGUAGUUUACAAAAAUAAUUAUUGACACUUUCUCAGAUAUCAAAUUAAUAGUAACCUUUCAGCUCCUUUGUAUAGUCCUCAUAUAUGCAUGUGGACAUACUUUAUACCAUCUUGUCUGUGCAUGUGUGGUGCUAGGGAUUGACCUGGGGCUUCAUCCAUGCUCCAUUAGGACUACCACUGAGCUAUAUCCUUGCCUAUAAAGACAUUUGAGGUGGGACAUUCCAAAGCCUGCUAGUGUACUGCAGUUGUACUGUGCAAGGUUCUGGCAUGGAGAGGCCUCUGGAGUGUCUCAUGCCUGACGUAGCAUGCAGUCCUGACACAGUUAGAGGUAGCACAUGGAUGCUUGUCUACAGGGGCCUGCUUCCUCAGGAGUGCGGCAUUUGAGUCUGUUGCGUUCUCCACUGUUGCAGGGCCUGCAGACUUUCAGCUGAACUCUCAUCUCUCAACACUGGCAAACAUUCAUAAGAUCUACCAUACCCUUAACAAGCUAAAUCUGACAGAAGACGUUGGCCAAGACGAUCACCAAACAGGAAGCCUGCGGUCCUGCAGUUCUUCAGACUGCUUUAGUAAAGUGAUGCCACCAAGGAAAAAGAGAAGACCUGCCUCUGGAGAUGACCUAUCUGCCAAGAAAAGCAGGCAUGACAGCAUGUACAGGAAAUAUGAGUCAACUAGAAUAAAGACUGAAGAAGAGGCCUUCUCCAGUAAGCGGUGCCUGGAGUGGUUUUAUGAAUACGCAGGAACUGACGAUGUCGUGGGUCCUGAAGGCAUGGAGAAAUUCUGUGAAGACAUUGGUGUUGAACCUGAAAAUGAAGAAGAUGUGUUGUUUAAUGAACCCCGACAAGCUGUCAGUCAGUUGGAUGCAGCCCACAAAGCAAGUGUCGAGGUCAAUGCUUGUAAAGCCUUUUUGCCUCCACUAACAAGCGCUUUAAAGGUAGUCAUGCUUGUCCUGGCUUGGAAAUUGGAUGCACAAAACAUGGGCUAUUUUACUCUGCAGGAAUGGCUGAAAGGAAUGACUGCUCUACAAUGUGACACAACAGAAAAACUCAGAGCUACUUUGGAUUACUUAAGAUCAUUAUUAAACGAUACAACAAACUUUAAGCUCAUUUACAGAUACGCGUUUGACUUUGCACGGGAAAAGGACCAGCGCAGCCUAGACAUAAACACUGCCAAGUGCAUGCUGGGACUGUUAUUAGGAAAAAUCUGGCCCCUUUUUCCAGUUUUUCACCAAUUCUUAGAGCAAUCAAAAUAUAAAGUGAUAAACAAAGACCAGUGGUGCAAUGUGCUAGAGUUCAGCAGGACAAUCAGUCUGGACCUCAGCAACUAUGAUGAAGAUGGAGCGUGGCCAGUUUUGUUGGAUGAAUUUGUGGAAUGGUAUAAAGACAAACAGAUGUCCUAGGACUUUAUGAUAGCGGCGAGAGAGAGUCACUGUUACCACGGUUACGUCACCCAUUAGCCAUAAACUGCUGUUUGUAUCCAAGCGCAUGCUGCUUUCUUGCACUGUCUCCCUCCUGCAGGGGUGUUUUGGUGUUUGCUAUUGAAUGGGCCGCGCUGCUUGCUGUGUACAUUGUUCUCUUGGAGGCUGCUCGGCAGCCGGUUUUCACACUACAGAUUGGUGAAUUGGCCAACGUCCUCACUGUGAUUAUGUGUACAUUGCUGUUUCAAUUUUGUAUAUGUGUAUAAAAUGAAAAGCUUCACCUAGAGAUUAUUUCUGCAAAAAUGUAUUGUAAAAAUAAUUUUGUGGCAUAUUUCUAGUCCCUUUUUUUUCCCCAAAUGAACCAACUAUACUUUAUUUGGUCUCAGAUGUAGCAUUUCAGAAAACGUUAUAACUGUCCCCAUGAGCGAAUAUUGCCAGAAUUAACCUCAUUGCCUAAGAGGCCAACUUCUGGAAGAAGUAGGAGUCAUGACUUACAGUGGCGUAUGCCAAAUGUGACUUGGUGUUUUAAAGUGAUAAAACCUUACAACUAUUUGAGCACACAGACAUAUAACAUUCUACAAAGCAUCUUUAACACAAAGGUAUGUAUAGGUUUAUGGGUUUUUAUUAUUAUUAAUUUCUUAUUUUUUUUAAUGUCAACACUGUUGGUAGCUUGACCAUAGGUACAAGUGAACAAAUUAAAAUUGCUCCUUAUUUUAAACUGAAGCUUAAGUUUCCAUAAACCUUUUUGCUGUUUCCCCCUUUGUGUUCCUCUAGCAGUGUUUGGUCUGCGGAAGCUCUCUGUGCCACUGUGAGUAAAAUGUCCUUUGCCACCCCCAUGAGCCUACUGGUUUGCUGCCGGUUUAUAACUGCAAAGCACUUUUAGCUGUGUCUUGAGUUUUUAGUUACUCUUUCAUGGUGUCUGUAAUCUCCCAGGAUUUGUUGUUUGUUUUUUUUUUUUUAAAGACCACAAGCGAGAGAGAUUUUGUGUUCUAUCUUUGUUUCUUCUGUGCUAGGCAUUUCCUGGCAACAUGUCCAUUGCAGGCAGUGGACUCAAAACCACCAGCAUUGAGCUAACCCUGUUCACAUUGGGACCUUUCCCAGAGGGGCCAUUAUUGUUAUUCCCUGAGUCACGUGUUCAGAAGGGUGAUAGCCAUUAUGUGGAUUAGAAAACCAGAGCCAACACAAUGGUGUUUUGGGGUUUGUAUUUUAUGUCUUAUUUUUUUAAUUUUUAUUUGUUUGCCUUGCCCCUCUUGAGGAAGUGUAUAGUUAACAGGUUUUUCCCAGUUAUUUGGUGCUAUGACUCACUCAGUCCCUGCAGUUUGUGAAACCUAAUCUGAAGAUGUAACCCAAUGAAGAGCUAAGGCUUGUUUGCCGGGCGAAUGGUAUAGCGGAGUAAGAUCCGUGCCUGCCCAGGCCGGCGAUGGCUGGAAGAUGUUGGGAUGAUUGGUCAAAAAGAAAGUCUUACAUCAAAUGUGAACCUUAAAUGGCAUUAAAUGAGCGAAGCACACAGACAAUGCUACCCCUAUCACCGUUUUACAGUUUCUUUUCAAAGUGUUGCGAUUUUCAUAUUAUUUCUUUCCCUGAUUGAACCACCAAAGACAGAAAUGUUGUAUGUAUAUAUCGUGUGCGUGCAUAUACAAAAUCAUGGUGUGGUAGAAUGCAACUACUUGCCUUUUUCUACCAAAUAAUGAGGUUUGGUUUGCUGUGAAAUAAACCAGAAGUUUAAAAAACUACUCAAUGUUGCUUUAGCAUACUUAAAUCAUCAUCCCUUGUGUGUAGUCUCACAAAUUAAUAUCUGAACACAGUGUAAACUUCCUGGGAAAGCACAGCUGUUGAGACUGCCAUGUGAUGGGGUUCCGGCGCAAGCAGGAGUGUGACAGGGGGACUGGCAGGCAGGUGUGGCUCUGUGGAAGACAGUCCCUUUUCGGGUGUACCCGUGGUUAAAGAGUCACUCUUGAGUUGGAUCAGCUGCUGAUUGUCUCAGUGCAAGGAUGGAUCAUAUAUGGGAUUGUUUUAAGCGUUGUGUGAGAAUCUGGAGAAUGUUUUGAACAUUUAAGCACAGCAUAUCUGGGAAUCAAGGGUCGUCACCAGGAUGAAAAAUUAAUUUCAUCCACCGUGAACAUUUUGAUGAGAGACUCAAGUAACAACCUUCGUGACGUAUGGCGUGGAAGUCGGCAUUCUGGAGGGGAGAAUCACAGAACUCCAUAAUCUCUCAACUGCCUCAAGAACUAUACCGCCGUGACUGCUGCUUGCCCUUGGUUUUCUCCAUCUUGGCCGAGCUAAUUUUCAGGGGAGUCAGACCAAGUCAUAAGACACCUUUUCUUGAAGAAUUGCCAAGUUAUGCAAGUUGAAUGAUCACCAAGAGCACUUAGCGGCCGGCGUUGGAAGAAGCUGGGGGACCUUCCGGUCUCCAGUUCCUGAGCUCCAUCCGCCUUUCUUCUCUUCACUUGUGUUCUAGUGCAUUGCAGCGCCCUCUAGCUAGGGAACAUGACUUGUAGAUGUUUACGCAGCACUAGCUAGAAGCCACCUGGCUAGAUUUCCCAGGUACCCAUGGUAGCCUUAGGCGCGCCUCUUUUGAAGCAUGAACUCUGAGUUCAGUAUUUAUAAGUCUAAGUAGACAAACCUCUAGAUUCUGGUUUAACAGAUUUCUGUUGCCACUGAGUCUCCAUCCUAACAAUACUUUUGAAGUCUAUACAGAAAGCUUUAAGAGUUUAGUCUGUGCCCUUGGUUUUUAUUUUUACAACUGCUAAAAUACCUCUGUAAGCCUUAUCCUUUAUCCUUUCAUAUGUUGUAUAAAAUUGUAUAGAAUUCAUUGACCAACUGAUGCGUUGGGUAUCUGUAAAUGAGACCAAAAUGUGGGUUGCUUUUUUUCAUACAAUAAUUUCUAUCGGGCGUUGCUGUGAAAUGAACAGUAGCCAGCCUAUAACUGUGAAUGCCUUGUGUCGUCAGUAUUUGCAUUACAUUCAUAAAAGUGUGCAAGUCCUGUGACUCCCAGCUUAACUAAAAUACUGUUAUGCCACCCAACUUGAGCACAGCAAACUGGUUUAGGUUCUAAUGGAAUUGAUGUAAAAUGAUAUCCCAUAAAUAAACAAAUAUUUGUGUUUGGUUUCAGAA